CCUUCCUCACCUGUCGAGGAUCAUCUUCCGACCCGCACGAAUCGCACAGCCUGUUGGGCCGGGCGUGACGCCUACUUCUCAUGCCUUGACGCACAUCAGCUCAUCAUCCCGCCGGGAAACGCAGGGGGCAGUGGAGGCGUCGAGGGAGCGGGAAAGGGAGUCCUUGGUAGGAGUGAAGAUCCGUGUGCAAAGGAGAGGGAUGGAUAUGAGGGCAACUGCGCAAAGAGCUGGGUCGAUUACUUCAAUAAGAGGAGAGUUUUGGAAGAGAGGCAGAAGAGGAUG